AUGGCCGUAAACGGUGUCAACGGUUCUGCGUACGACGACGAAGACAUCGACUACUCUGACAUCCAGGAAAAAUAUCAGGUCGAAUACGAUGACGGCCUCGAGAACAUCCUCAUCGUCGACGGUGUCCCUGUCAUCGACCAGUCGAAGCUCGAAAGGCUGCUGCAGAAGAUCUCCAAGGACUUCAGCAAGAAGGGAUUACGCAUAACGCCAGAUCAAAUCACCGUUCCCUUCGACCAGGCGAAGGGCAAGAGCAAAGGGUUUCUCUUCAUGGAGUUCAAAACGCCAGACGAUGCGUCACGCACGCUCGCCACCAUGAACGGCCACCCCUUCGACGCAAAGCACACAUUUUACAUCAACCGCCUCACGGAUUUCGACCGAUACAUCGACAUGGACGAGUCGUACCUGGAGCCGGAGCCGGAAGAGUACAAACCCAAGGAGCAUUUGCGUGCAUGGCUUGCGGAUCCUCAAGGCCGUGAUCAGUAUGCCACCUACCGCGGAGAUGAGGUCGAGAUUCACUGGCAGGGCAAACCCUCACAGUGCGAGGUGGCCUACAGCAAACCCAACUGGACAGACCUGUACGUCUCAUGGUCCCCCAUGGGCACCUACUUCGCGACCCUUCACCGGCAAGGCAUCCGUCUUUGGGGUGGCCCGUCGUGGGAGCCCCAGCAGCGAUUUGCACACCCACUCGUCAAGCUCAUCGACUUCUCGCCGAACGAGCAGUACAUGGUCACCUGGUCGUUCGACUCGAUCAACGUCCGCGAGGGCGCCGAGCAGGGUCCACAAUACUUCUCGCCCGAGGACGAGGGGAACAACAUCGCGGUGUGGGACAUUAAGACUGGCAACCUCCUUCGCACGUUCCCCAGCGUGCACCCUGAGGGCGACGAGCAAAAGAAACAAAUGCAGUGGCCUGCGCUCAAGUGGAGUCCGGACGACAAAUACGUCGCCCGGGUCACGCCUGGGCAGCAGAUCAGCGUCUACGAGCUCCCGGGAAUGGGUCUCCAGGGAAAGAAGAGCAUUAAGAUCGAGGGCGUCGUCGACUUUGAGUGGCGCCCACUGGGCGACAAGGACCGAGAGGAUGUGGAGAAGGCAAACAAGCCAACGGCGAACGGGGUUGCUCCAAAAGCUAAGAAGGUCUUCGAGAACAUGCUUGCGUUUUGGACGCCCGAAGUCGACAACGAGCAGCCGGCGCGUGUGACGCUGAUGAACUUCCCCAGUCGGGAAACAUUGCGACAGAAGAACCUGUUCAGCGUCUCAGAGUGCAAGCUCUAUUGGCAAAAUCAGGGCGAUUUCUUGUGCGUCAAGGUUGACCGCCAUACGAAAACGAAGAAGUCCACCUUCUGCAAUCUCGAGAUCUUCCGUGUUCGGGAGAAAGAUUUCCCGGUAGAAGUCGUCGAGCUGAAAGACACGGUGACCGACUUCUCCUGGGAGCCCAAGGGCGAGCGUUUCGCCCUUGUCUCCUCGAGCGAUCCGAACGUGGGCAACCCAGGUCCCGGUAUCACGAUCAAGACGGACGUGUCGUUCUAUCAGCACGAGCGCUCCAAGGGCAACUUCAAGGUGCUCCGCACCCUCUCUGCGCGGACAUCGAACACGGUCCGUUGGUCGCCACGCGGACGGCAUGUCGUGCUCGCCACCGUCGGCUCGUCAAGCAAGUCGGAGCUCGAGUUCUGGGACCUCGACUUUGCCGUGGACGAGGCCAAGCGCGACACCGCGCCCUGGGGGAGCGGUAUCCAGCUCCUCGGCAGCGCCGACCACUACGCAGUGACCGACGCGGAGUGGGACCCAUCCGGGCGGUACCUCGCUACGAGCGCGAGCGCCUGGCGGCACACGCUCGAGAACGGCUACGCGAUCUGGGACUUCCGUGGGCAGGAGCUCCAGAAGCACAUCCUCGACCGCUUCAAGCAGUUCCUCUGGCGGCCGCGGCCGCCGACCCUCCUGUCCAAGGAGCAGCAAAAGACGGUCCGCCGCACGCUCAAAGAGUUCUCUCGCCAGUUCGACGAGGAGGACGCGGCGGAAGAGAGCAACGUCUCCGCGGAGCUCAUCGCGCAGCGCAAGCGCCUCGUCGACGAGUGGAACGCGCGCGGGAAGGGUAAGGAGCACGAGGCGCACGAGGAGGCCAAGGAGGAGAUCGAGGUCUGGAUUGACGAGGUCAUCGAGCAGAUCGAGGAGGUCGUCGUCGAGUAG